CGCUUGGUAAUUUUUCGUCGAGGAAUUCCUCCUCCUCUCUCUUAUCCAUUCACGACACCAUGUGAAACACCACUCCCUCCAGGUUCACUACCUUUCCCACUCUCUCCCGACACCUGUCGCUGAGGAGUUAUAGCCCUGUCGUUCUUACUUCCUUCGACAUUGACUCCUCUUCAAACCUCGUCGUCACUCACCGACACUCUGCCCGCGGCCUCCUCCCGGUGCGGACAGCUCUCGGAACAUCAUGCGCCAGACCUGCAUCUUCUCGGGUUCUUCACACCCGCAGUUGGUCGAGGCCAUCUGUGCACGUCUCGGCUCGCAACCGUCACAGGUCGCGCUCAGGAAGUUCAGCAAUGGCGAGACUUCCGUCGAGAUCAAGACCUCCGUCCGUGAUCAGGAUGUUUUCAUCGUGCAGAGCGGGAGCAGCGAGAUCAACGACAAUGUCAUGGAGAUGCUCAUCAUGAUCUCUGCCUGCAAGGGCGGAUCUGCCCGUUCCAUCACCGCUGUCAUGCCCUACUUUCCCUAUUCGCGUCAGUCGAAGAAGAAAGCUCACCGAGGUGCCAUCACGGCCCGCAUGCUGGCAAACCUCAUGAAGGUGGCCGGCGUCAACCAUGUCAUCACCAUCGAUCUCCAUGCGUCACAAUCCCAGGGCUUCUUCAAAUGCCCUGUCGACAAUCUCUUUGCUGAGCCGAUUCUCGCGCGAUGGGUGAAGAACUACGUACCAGAUUGGCAGGACUGUGUGAUCGUCAGCAAGAAUCCGGGCGGGACAAAGCGAGUGACAAGCCUUGCGGACAAGCUUGGCUUGAGCUUCGGUAUUGUUGGCACUGAGCGCAAGAGAUAUCAUGGUGGGGACCGCUCAAGCAUGAUGAACUCCGUCAUGUACGGUUCUGCCAUUCUUGAGCGCCUGGGUGGAGAUGGCACCAACGAUAGCCAGUCCCUUGUGGAGGAAGCUUUCGAGAGCCGCUUGCCAUCGCCCGAGCGACGACCAGCAGAAAAGGAUAUUAAUGCACCGAAAGAGAAAGAUUGGGCGCCAUCCGGAACUUCCAGCCCACGGUCCAAUGGCACACAUAAUCGCAUAUUGCCCAUUCGAACCAAUCAUCGAUCGCGCUUAGGGAAUGUCGAGGGCGCAUCGAGCCCGCUCGCCUAUUCUAGUCGUCCCGAUUCACACGAUGGCACAGAGGGUGAAGAGAAAGAAGACGAGAAGGAAGAAAAAGAAGUAGAGAAGGAAGGCAAGAGUGACGGACCCGAGUUGAAGCGAAGUCAGACCGCGUUGGGAACGUCCUCAACAUAUGCAGCGCAUCAACGUGUAGACGAGGACGGCUACGAGGAGCCCGAGAAUGAGGAUGAUACCGACGAACUGGCCCGGGACGUCAUCACCGGUCGUCUCAUCCACGGUCACAUCGUGGACGAUGAUGCACCUUCUCCAGCCUUUUCUGCCUUUGACCGACAACGUCAAUCCAGUGACGACGAGCCGCCGGAUUUGAUGACGCAAUCUUUCAUGUCGACCACCUCUUCACGCUGGGGUGCAGCUAACCACAACAACGCGCUCGGUGGCACUGGAGACGCCACCGCCUCCGACGAAGAGGAAGAAGAAGCGCUCGCCAACCCUCACCUCGAAACCACCGUCACCUUGGUCGGCAACGUCCGCGACAAACCCGUCAUCAUCGUCGAUGACAUGAUCGACAAAGCCGCCUCGUGGAUCGCCGCCGCCGAAACCGUGGUCAAGCGCGGUGGCGCCACCAAAGUCUACUGUGUCGCAACGCAUGGCCUUUUCGGCGGCAAUGCCCUCGCCGAACUCGACCAGUGUGAGGAAAUCACCUCGGUCGUCGUCACGAAUGCUUUCCCCAUUGAUGAAGAGCGUCAGAGGCAUAACAAGAAAUUGACCGUCCUUGACGUCAGUGGAUUGUUGUCCGAGGCGAUUCGUCGGAAUCAUCACGGAGAGAGCAUCAGCCAGCUUUACUGGGCUGCCGAUUGAGCGGUCAAUUGGCUUUCAGUUUCGCAGAUUGAUAAGUCCGUUCGCGCAUGCCCGCAUUCCUUCAAGAAGCUAAAUACCCUGGAUUACAAGCUCUCAAGCUUGAGUGGAUCCCACAAAUCUGGACAAGGCACCUUCGGACCCGGGGUCAUGUUCUCAACUCCCUCUCCGUUCUCCAAAACUUCACAGCAUGAGGCGUGUCUAUUGACUCAUUCGCGAGUCCGCUUCGAUGAAGGCACACGAAUAUCACACGUGAACGAUCCCCCAAAGAUGGAGAAUUUCGGCGUCUCUCCGUAGGAAAUGUUUACCUCAAGAAGCAAUGAUACAUUACCCCUCUUUCUUCCUUUCUUCUCCUCUCUUCUUCUCCUCCAUCCCCUUUUCUCCUUUCAAAUCAAUUGAAGGCAGAACAAUCAAUCCAGCGUCGCAGAUGUCUAGCAUCUGCCCGAGCCCGCAUCAUCACUUUUUUGGCGGUAGUUUG